AUGGACGGGCGGGCGGGCAGCGCGCGGCCCGGGGACGGCCAGGGGCCGCCCGCAGCUCAGCCGCCGCCGCCUCCGCCGCAGCCUUCGCCGCAGCAGCCUCAGUGUCCGCCUAAGCCGGAGCCACCGCAGCCGGAACCGCAACCGCCGCCGCCGCCGCCGCCACAGCAGCAGCAGCAGCCGCCCGAGCGAGAACGGGAGCCGGGCCCGGGCCCGGGCGGCCCCGGGGGUCCCGGCAGCCCCGGAGGUCCAGAGCCUGCCGCGGAGCCGGAGCCGGGCGGCCGGGCCCGGGGCAGCCUGGGCGCGCGGCCCGGGAAGCCGCCCCCCGGCCCGGCCGCGGCCAAAGGCAGCCCAAAUGGCGAGUGCCGGCGCGGAGGGGAGCCUCCGCAGUGCAGCCCGGGCCCCGGCCCCGGCCCCGGCCCGGGACCCCCGGAGGAUGCGGCCGCCGCCGCCGCAGCAGCCGCGCGGGGCCCCAAGGUCUCCUUCUCUUGCGCGCCCGGUUCCGGCCCUGCCUCGGGCCCCGGUUCCCCGGGGCCGGCGCUCAAGGCGGGCGACGAGGCGGGGCCCGGGGACUGCGACGAGGCCGGCCCCGGAGGGGAGGCUCGGGGCAGCCAGGCCAGUUUCCUGCAGCGCCAGUUCGGGGCUAUGCUCCAGCCCGGGGUCAACAAGUUCUCGCUGCGCAUGUUCGGCAGCCAGAAGGCCGUGGAGCGGGAGCAGGAGCGGGUCAAGUCGGCGGGGGCCUGGAUCAUCCAUCCCUACAGCGACUUCAGGUUCUACUGGGACUUCACGAUGCUGCUCUUCAUGGUGGGGAAUCUUAUCAUCAUUCCCGUGGGUAUCACCUUCUUCAAGGAUGAGACCACGGCACCGUGGAUAGUGUUCAACGUGGUCUCAGAUACCUUCUUCCUCAUGGACCUGGUUCUGAACUUCCGCACCGGUAUUGUCAUAGAGGACAACACUGAGAUCAUUCUGGACCCCGAGAAAAUCAAGAAGAAGUAUCUGCGCACGUGGUUCGUGGUGGACUUUGUGUCCUCCAUCCCUGUGGAUUACAUCUUCCUUAUUGUGGAAAAGGGCAUCGACUCGGAAGUCUACAAGACUGCCCGCGCACUGCGCAUUGUGCGAUUUACCAAAAUCCUCAGUCUCCUGCGUCUGCUGCGUCUCUCCCGCCUCAUCCGCUACAUCCACCAGUGGGAGGAGAUCUUCCACAUGACCUACGACCUGGCCAGUGCCGUCAUGCGCAUUUUCAACCUCAUCAGCAUGAUGCUGCUUCUGUGCCACUGGGAUGGCUGCCUUCAGUUCCUGGUGCCCAUGUUACAGGACUUCCCUAAGAACUGCUGGGUCUCCAUCAAUGGCAUGGUGAACCACUCCUGGAGUGAGCUCUACUCCUUCGCCCUGUUCAAGGCCAUGAGCCACAUGCUGUGCAUCGGGUACGGGCGCCAGGCCCCCGAGAGCAUGACCGACAUCUGGCUGACGAUGCUGAGCAUGAUCGUGGGGGCCACCUGCUACGCCAUGUUCAUUGGCCACGCCACAGCUCUCAUCCAGUCCCUGGAUUCCUCAAGGCGCCAGUAUCAGGAGAAGUAUAAACAGGUGGAGCAGUACAUGUCUUUCCACAAGCUGCCCGCUGACUUCCGGCAGAAGAUCCAUGACUACUAUGAGCAUCGCUACCAAGGCAAGAUGUUCGAUGAGGACAGUAUCCUGGGCGAGCUGAACGGGCCCCUGCGAGAGGAAAUCGUGAACUUUAAUUGCCGGAAGCUGGUGGCCUCCAUGCCUCUCUUUGCCAACGCAGACCCCAACUUUGUCACCGCCAUGCUGACCAAGCUCAAAUUCGAGGUCUUUCAGCCCGGGGACUACAUCAUCCGUGAGGGCACCAUUGGCAAGAAAAUGUACUUCAUUCAGCACGGUGUGGUCAGCGUCCUCACCAAGGGCAACAAGGAGAUGAAGCUCUCAGAUGGCUCCUACUUUGGGGAAAUCUGCCUGCUGACCCGGGGCCGGCGGACAGCCAGCGUCCGAGCUGACACCUACUGUCGCCUCUACUCCUUGAGUGUGGACAACUUUAAUGAAGUGCUGGAGGAGUAUCCCAUGAUGAGGCGGGCCUUCGAGACCGUGGCCAUUGACCGACUUGAUCGCAUUGGCAAGAAGAACUCGAUUCUGCUGCACAAGGUCCAGCACGACCUGCACUCGGGCGUCUUCAACAACCAGGAGAACGAGAUCAUCCAGGAGAUUGUGAAGUACGACCGGGAGAUGGUGCAGCAGGCGGAGCUGGGCCAGCACCCGGGGCUCUACCCGGCGGCGCAGCCCCAGGUCACCUCGGCCAUCGCCACCCUGCAGCAGGCGGUGGCCAUGAGCUUCUGCCCGCAGAUGGCCAGCCCGCUGGUGGGCCCCCUGGCGCUGAGCUCCCCGCGGAUGAUGUACGCGCAGGCCGUGCCCAGCCCCUUCUCGGUCUCGCCCAUUCUCUUCCAGGCCCCUCCCCCGCCGCAGCCCCCCCCUCCCCCGGCCGCAGCCAGUCCCCCGUCGCAGAGCCCGCGGGCCAGCCGGACCUUCCCGUACGGGGCCAAGGGGGAGUCGGGCUCCCAGCUGUCGCUAGGCCCGUCCCGAGCCCCGGGCUCGCCCCAGCGGCCCGCCGCCCACAAGAGCACACAAGCCCUGCACACGCCCUGCCUGAGCCACGAGUCCCGGCCUCUGUCGGCCUCCCAGCCCUCCCUGCCGCAGCCCUCGGGCCCCGCCCCCGGCCCCCCGCCCGGCUCCUCCCGGGAGGCGAGCAGCUCCACCCCGCGCCUGGGCCCCGGCCCACCCCGCCUGGCCCUGCCCCACCAGCUGUCCAGCGGCGCCGUGUACGCAGGCCCGGGCCCGGCCCCAGCCCAGGACUCGGGGGCCGGCGCGCACGAAGUGGACUCGGCCAGAUCGCGGCUCUCUUCCAACUUGUGACCCUCGCUGGGCCUAGCCCGGGGCUCGUGGCCGGGGCGGGCAGAGGUACUCACUGCCUCCUCUCUCCCUCGCCGCCCCAGGCCUGAGGUGCCCCGGAGGGGAGCUUCCCAGGGGACCAGGACCUGGGCCCACCCCGCUCAGCCCGGCUCGGUCCUGUCGUCCAAGACCAAAGCCCUGUCUCAUUCCUGCUGACAUUUCAAAGGAGCCUUUGCUCUUCUCUGCAUCAUAGAAGCCAUAGACCUUUAGCAUAGACAUCCGUGUGUGUCCGUCCGUGUGUGUCUGCGUGAGUGAGGGGGCCUGAGCGCGGCCGAGGAAGACGAUGGCUGACUUCUUCAUGCGACCCUCCCCCAGCCCUCCCUUGCGGCCCCGCCCCUCCCCAGCCUGGUCCCGAGGCCUCGCUCUCCUAGAGAACUAGAGGACGUAGAGAACCUGUAGGAAGUAGAACCUAGGCGGUAGAGCCGGAAGGGACCCAGAGCGCAGGCUGUCGGGCUGAGAAGGGCCUAGGGAAGGGCCAGCCCCCGGGUUUUUACGGGGGGAAACUGAGGUUCACAGAAAGGAAGGGAAGUCGUGGCGGAGCCCUCGCUUACUGAGUCCGAGGCUGGGGUUCUUUCCAUUGUGCUACGUUGCCUACCAGACCGAGGCUGAUAAUCCCCUAAAGAUUAAAAAAACAAAAAAGUAAUUUUUUUUUUUUAAAUGGAAAGGGGGCCUCCUACUCUCCUCAUCCCUGCUUCCCAAGAGGCUGGGGACUCUGGCCCCUCGCUUCCCUUCCUUUCUCCUCUGAGCCACCCUCAGCAUCAAGGUUAGGGGGGCUUAUAUGUCACCUCUGUGCCUCAGUUUCCCCAUCUGUAAAAUGGGGGGAGAAUGCUACCCUGCCUCUCCUAGGGUAGGUGCUUGGGGAUCCUCAAAGGGGUGGUGGUCCACUGGCUACUGGUCCCUUGGAUCUCUUCCCAGAAACCCCAAACAAGACCAGGGUUGUCCCCCCCCCCCUUGCAGGGACUUCAAGGUCAGGCAGCUUUGCAGAGGCCCCCUUGCCCUGGUGUUGUGUUCCCCGGUCCCCGUCCCCCGUUUGUUUGGGUUUUUUUGUUAAGCGUAGUGUCCAGCCCAACCGAGCUGCUGCCCUGCCUUCCCACUGCCCCUGCCUUUGCCUGGUGACCCUCGGACUGAGGUUGCGGAGGUCGUCCUGCCUAGGGCACCAUGGCCCUCCGGGCAGCGUGUGGCGCGUGCCUGUGUGUCUGCAUGUCUCGAAUUCAGAAUCCACAGCCCUGCCACCGCGGAGCUCCCGGGCCGUGGCGAGGGAGGACGGCUCAGGGGCCGGGGCAGGCGGCCGAGGGCUCGGGCUCGGCCUGGGAAGCCGGGGAGGGCCGGCCGAGCCCGUUCCCCUCAUGGUCCUCCACGGCAAAACGGGCUUCCCCGGCUCCCGCCUGACUCAGCGGGGGGCGGGAGAAAGCGGCAGCGCUCGGGGUGGGGGGCUCCCAGCCAAAGAGACCCCCCCUCGGGGCCCGCGGCGAGGGGGAGACGAGGGGAGGAGCCAGGACCUGCCCACGCCGAGUCCGCACCUCCGCGCCCGUUCCCCGAAGCGGGGAGAAUGACCCUGGGUCUGGGGGGAGGGGGCCUUCGGCUCGGGGUCCUCGCCCCACACUGAGUUUUUAUCAGGUCCCUCAGCCGUGCCCCUGACCGGGCAGCCUGUCUCCCUCCCCGAGGCUUUCCCUCCCCAGAUGGGUAUCACCUCCCACUCCCUCACCCAUCCGGCUGCUGCCAUUCUGUUGAAUGUAUAACUGAUAACGGGACAAAAAGGUGGCAACUCUCGAGUCUUGUCUCCAACUAACAUGGCGGGGCCCCUGCGGGAGACCCCGACUCCACCCCCAUCCUGUGCAAUAAACAUGAGUGCAUUGGC